CUACUAGUCUACUUAGUGAAAGAAAAAAAAGAGAAAAGAAAAAAAGAGAGCAGAAGAGGAACUAAAAUCGACUCGAUUCUACCGAAGAUUUCUCACUGCUGCUUCAAGGGUAGGAAAGUCAUCAUGGAUCCUAAUGAUCGGCCUGUCAUGGUCACUGGGAGACACAAAGAUCAAUGUGUCAGAUGGGAUUGUAUACGUAUGCCUAUUAGAGCGUUAGAGUAUUGCUGUGAGGGCUGCCAAGAGAUGGCUGCUUCAGAUUCACAAACCAACCUCCCAUUCUUGCUCUCAGAUGUUUACUCUUCAACCACUCAAUUUGCGCUCAUUGCCGGCAAGAUUUUCAACUUGAUCAGGGCUGGAAAGGAGACCGGAGUUCCUCAACUCUCUCAAGAUGUGUUUCAGGUCCCUCCUUGCCAGUCAGGUUUGUUCAGUGUUGAGUUUUCUGCAUGGGAAUCCUUUCGCCAGUGGUUGUUCCUUGGAUUGUCUCACAUUCCUGCAAACUCGGAUUUCCACUGGGAGGAGGAUCGUAGCAAGAUGAUUGCUGAAGUCAGACAUCGUGUUUUUAAACCUUUCCCCAGGGAAGACAACAUUUGGGAACUCCACCAGUAUUCAAGCUUGAAUCUGAUGGGAAAAGCAGUCUACGUGAUGCGUUGCAACAAAUUUGGCCAACCAUUAUCUGCGGGAGAGGAUGACGGAACUGAUAGUGAUUGAUCAAGAGGUUGUACUCUGGAAGUGGAAGGUAAAGCUGGAGAGUGAUUCUUAGAGUAUCUGACACCAUGCGUUUACCAUAUGGAAUCCAAUGAUUGUUAGGCUAUGUUUCUAUGUGGUUACUCUGUUAUUGUAUUGGAACUAUGUCUGGAUUUCUUAGGCUUCGAAUGGUAAAAGCAGAUCAAGCGUUGCAGAUCAUGCAGAUCAUGCA